UCCCUAACUCAAAAAUGGCACCCUCCACUUCUUCCCAACUCUUCUCGGUAGUUUUAAUCGCAUUUUUCGUCUCUGGUGUGAACUCCCAGUAUGAAAAAUACAGCUUCAGGAGUUUCCCCAGGCACGAGCUGAUGCCCCUGGAGUCCGCGUACAAAUACGCGCUGGACCAGUACACCGGGGAGAAGUGGAAGGAGACGGUGGAGUACAUGGAGGUGUCUCUGCGGCUCUACCGACUGCUGCGGGACAGCGAGGCCUUCUGCAACCUCAACUGCAGCUCCGUCAGGCUGGACGACGAGCAAAAGUUUGCGGAGUUUCCAGAACUGCAGGCGUUUGGGAACGUCAUGAAGAGGGCGCAGUGCCUGAAGCGCUGCAAACAGGGGCUGCCCGCUUUCAGGCAGACCAUGCCCAGCCGGGACACCAUAGACGAGUUUGAGAGGAGAGAGCCGUACAGAUACCUGCAGUACGCCUACUUCAAAUCUAACAACUUGGCAAAGGCGGUGUCUGCUGCCCACACAUUCCUGCUCAAACACCCCGAUGACGAGAUGAUGCAGAGGAACAUGGCCUAUUACAAGAGUCUGCCCGGAGCUGAAGAACACCUCAAAGACCUGGAGACCAAAUCCUAUGAGACAUUGUUUGUGCGUGCGGUACGGGCGUAUAAUGGCGAAAACUUCCGUACUUCGGUGUCAGACAUGGAGCUGGCUUUGCGGGACUUCUUCAAGGUCUAUGACGAGUGUCUGGCUGCAUCCGAGGGCCCCAGGGAUGUCAAAGACUUUAAAGACUUCUACCCCUCGAUAGCAGAUCACUACAUUGAGGUCCUUGAGAGGAAGGUGAGGUGUGAAAGUGACCUGACACCUGUCGUUGGAGGUUUCGUCGUUGAGAAGUUUGUGGCCACCAUGUACCACUACCUGCAGUUCGCCUAUUACAAAUUGAAUGACCUGAAGAACGCAGUACCAUGUGCAGCCAGCUACGUGCUCUUUGACCCCAAAGAUGAAGUCAUGAAUAAUAAUGUGGCUUAUUACAAGUUCCACAAAAACCAGUGGGGGCUGACAGAAGAGGACUUCCUCCCCAGAUCAGAGGCACUGCGGUACCACAAUCAGACCACCAUGCAGCUACAGAUGUUGGAGUUCUCCAGACAGCGCCUGGUGAGCGAUGAUGAGGGCGAGGUGGUGGAGUUCAUAGAUGAGUUCCUGGACGAUGAUGAAUUGCCCAAAUUGGAAUCUCCGCCCAAAUUGGGAUCUCCGCCGAUACACUGAAAACCACAACAAAACAACACCUCCCAGUUUGUAUUUAUUGGGCUUUGCCAGCAAUUGGUCACUGUGUUUUUAUCUGCAGAUCCACAUACUGAAUAUUGUUUUUAAUUACCUAUUUUAUGCACUUAACAUCAAGUUCAUGGACAUACAGCAUGGUGGCUAAGUGAUUUAAACACAAUGAUGACAAUAGAGAUAGAAAUAAUUUUACUCACUGUUUCAUGGAUCUGUUUCUCCACUGUGAAUCAUGUAUUUUGUUUGUCAGUAACUGUCAUUUUUACAAUGAAAUGGGAAUAAAACUUGCCAAACUACAGGUCUUCCAAA